AUGAAGAUCGCUUGCUUCGUGCUCGGAACCGUGCUGCUGGACGCGACGAUGACGCACGUCGACGCGAUUCUCAUUGCCGACGGUCCCCGCAACCGCACGCAGCUGCGCAAUGCAACCACCGUCCCUAGUCGCCCGCCGGUGCUGCGGCGCAACCGCACGAGUCGCUUGCACCCGAACGCGACCGGUCGCUUCACGCUUGUGCCGGCCACGUCCACCAGCAACCACUCGAGUAUGGUACUACCGCUUAACGCGACAACCGCGGUGCCGUUCAAUGCAUCGAUGCCGUCCCAUGUGAAUGCAUCGUCUUCGCUCGAUCACGACACCAAUGCGACGGCAGACGACGAUGUGAUUGUGGCGCCAUUGACAUCGACAGCCAACGCGACGACCAACGUCACGACGGCCAGCCGCGCACGCGGCACACCUGGUGUCGCCAUACUCAUCACGCUCACCUCGCUCGUCGUUGCACUGGGUCUUUUCUAA